AUGGUAGAAAGUGAGAUAGAUGUUGAUCGCUAAAUCAUAUGAUCAGGUAACCGUACGAGCGGAUUCUUUCUCGAGUGUAGGCCUAAGCCGCGCAAGUAGCGGCCCUUAGCUAGGUUGGGUCUAGGCGUAUUGCAAGAUUUGCAGUCGGUAGUUUUCCACUUUUCCUUUCCAUGCGAGAGGAACCAAAUUGCGGCUGAAAAUACAAAUGUUGGAACUGAUUCUCCGUCGGCGAUCUUCCCUUCCGACACCGACGAAGCAAGCGUCCACGAAACUCUGUAUUUACAUCUUAUUCCAACUGCGUCUUUCCUUUAGCACUGCAACUGCGGUCUCAACGGAAGAGAAAGAGCGUACAGUGGAGAAGGGGAAAUGGCUCACUUUGCCUCCCUUCACUUCCACUAUUGACGCUGCUUCCGUUGCCAAAGAGCUCUCGGGCCGCCGUUCUGAUAGAAAUGGUGAAGGCGGCAGCAGCACCACCGACACCACAACGGCUCUUAAAUGGGUGCUUCGCUGCUGUCCGAACAUCCCGAGGUCCCUUGUGCAAAAGCUAUUCCGUUUGAGACAGGUUCGGAGAGAGUCUUUCAUAUCGGCAAGUGCUUCUGAAGUUGAAACCGAAGCUCAAGUACCUCAUCUUAGAAGGGUGUCAGCCAAGGAUGCACUGAAUGCAGGGGAUCAGAUCUUUCUCCCCAUAACCGUACAAGAGCUGGCCACUGAGAAACAUGAAUGUCCUUGCAGUGAGGAUGAAAUCAGCUACAUCCGCAGCCUUGAGCUGUACAAGGAUCCAGCCAUCAUUGUUAUUAAUAAACCUUGUGGCAUGCCAGUUCAGGGUGGCAUUGGUAUCAAGAAGAGUUUAGAUGAGAUCGCAGCAACAUGUUUAAGAUAUGACUACUCAGAACCUCCCCGUCUGGUACACAGACUUGAUAGAGAUAGUAGCGGCAUAUUAGUGAUGGGGAGGACACAAAUGAGUGCUACAGUUCUACAUUCAAUUUUCCGGGAGAAAACUUUUGGUGCUUCACUUGAUGGCAUUGAAAGUACAAAAAGAACUAUACAGAGGAAGUACUGGGCACUUGUAAUAGGAACUCCAAGACGUUCAAGGGGAUUAAUUUCUGCUUCAUUGGGAAAGGUUGUGAUGGACAACGGAAAAUCUGACCGAAUCACUAUUGCCAACAAUGACAAAAUAAUGUCUUCUCAGCAUGCAGUAACGCAGUAUCGAGUGAUUCAACCUUCACUUCAUGGUUUAACAUGGAUAGAGUUGUGUCCACUUACUGGCAGGAAGCAUCAGCUCCGUGUCCACUGUGCUGAGUUUUUGAGAACACCAAUCGUUGGAGACUACAAGUAUGGUUGGCAGGCUCACAAGAAAUGGAACCCUAUACCUUGGUCAAAUCCUGAGAAGAGCUUCACGGAGAUGCUUCCCAAGAGGAAGAUGGUUCCUUUUGGCAUCAAUUUAUUGGGCGGAAGUAUUUCAGAGGACCAGCCUCACCUGCAUCUCCAUUGCGGGGAGAUGAGUUUGCCCAAUGUGUCUCUGGCUUUACAUCAUAUGCAGUCAUCUUCACAUUGUGAUCUUUCAGAACUGGACAGCCUCAGCUUGUCUGCGCCUUUGCCUCCACACAUGCAAAGAAGUUGGGACAUCUUGAGCAAUUGAGCUUUGAGCCUGCGGUGUAGUAGCUCUCAUGCAUUCUUCUUCAAUAUAGAUUCUGAGUCUGAAAAUUUGUUACGAAUACAGAUGUAGAGUUUUAGGUAUAUCCACUUGGAUGGGAAUACCUUCACUGCCAUCUGUUCGUAAAAUUUGUGAAAAAUGGUGAGUGAUCCUUAAGCAGGGAUGGAUUAUAGUAAUUUGUUUCAAUAUCUGUGAGGCAUUGCUCAAAUUCAAGGGCUUCAAUAUUUUUUGUUCUUAA